AUGUUGUUCUAAAGCCCCCCGCAUUUCACAUUUCCUGGCAGAGUUGGGUUGAGUGCGUUCGUGUUUCGGUGAUUGCAGUGAAAAAGUCCCCAAAAAAGGCGUAAAAGAUGGCUCCUCCACAGUAUGCGGAUUUGGGCAAGCAGGCUCGCGAUAUAUUCAACAAAGGCUACCACUUUGGUCUGUGGAAGCUGGACGUGAAGACGAAGACCAACUCCGGCGUGGAGUUCUCCACGAGUGGCAACUCGAAUCAGGACUCUGGCAAGGUGUUCGCCUCGCUGGAGACCAAGUACAAGCUGAAGGAGUAUGGAUUGACGUUCACGGAGAACUGGAACACGGACAACACGCUGCUCACGGAGGUGACGCUGCAGGACAAGCUGCUGGAGGGGCUGAAGCUUACGCUGGACUGCUCCUUCGCUCCUCAGUCGGGCAACAAGACGGCGCGCGUGAAGGCGGCGUACUGCCACGACUAUGUGCACUUGAACUCGGACGUGAAUGUGGACUUGGCGGGUCCGCUGGUGAACGCGGCGGCCGUGUUUGGGUACCAGGGAUGGCUGGCCGGCUACCAGACCAGCUUUGACACGCAGAAGAGCCGCGUGACUGCCAACAACUUCGCUCUGGCGUACUCCACCGGGGACUUUGUCAUCCACACGAACGUCAAUGACGGCCAGGAGUUCGGCGGCACUGUGUACCAGAAGGUGAACGAUCGCCUGGACGCCGCCGUGCAGCUGUCCUGGAGCUCUGGAUCCAAUGCCACGAAGUUCGGCAUUGGCGCCAAGUACAAUCUGGACAAGGAUGCCGCCGUGAGGGCGAAGGUGAACAACUCCAGCCAGAUUGGUCUGGGAUACCAACAGAAGUUGCGCGAUGGCAUCACACUCACGCUUUCCACCCUCAUUGAUGGUAAGAAUUUCAAUGCUGGUGGCCACAAAGUUGGCGUCGCCCUCGAAUUGGAGGCCUAAAGCGCGCAGGAGCCAGAGACAGAAGAAAGGGCAAAGGAAAAUGUGGAGAUAAGAGAGAUCCAUUCGAGAGGAUGAUGAAGUUGUCUUAUAAGGAAAAACUAUUAAAAAAAAACGGUAGAGAAGUGAAUUCAAGUUUCAGCUUAAAAGAAGAAAAAAUAUGAGCAAAAAAUCAGUCAUACAAUAAAAUUUUAGUUGACAGAGAAAAAACUCAAAUUGAUGGAACAGAGAAAUUCGAUGUAGUUUGAUGGAAAACACAGUAUGCAGAAGCGAAAAAAUAUACUUCACCAAGAAGAAUCCUGACUUUGCAACGGAGAAGCUUUUCACACACACACACACACACACAAGAUCGAGAAUGCGCAAAACACGAACUUGUACUUUUUAUUUUUGAGACACUGAUUUCCCUCAUGCUUAACUUUUUUCCUUCAUUGAAUGAAAAACCAUAGAAGAUUAUGGAUUGAUGAAAAGCGUGUUGGAGAGAGAUUGUGUGGAGGAGGAUUUUAAGAAAGUGUUUUCCUCAUUCAAUGGAAAGUGUUAUUAGACAUGUUGCAAAAGCUAUUUCAAGAAAGAUUUAAACAAUUUGAGAAAAAUCAUGAAAUUUAGAUGGAAGAGAAAUAAAAAUGAUAAACAUUUA